ACUUGUGGGACCAAGGUUGGUCCUGGGCAGCUGGGAACACAACAUCAGCUGGAGACAAGUCCCCUGGGUUUACCCCAGCAGGGCAGGAGUGGGGCUGGGGCCACCCAUAUGGCUGAGCAGCUGUCCCCAGAGAUGGCCCUACCAGCCCAGGUGACAGCUGCAGACAACACUGAAGCCCCUCUGCUCCGGGCCACCCGCCGUGGCUCCCAGCCCCCAGCCCCAGCCCGGAGCACCGAGGAAGGCAAACCACCGCUCCUGCCCUCCCGCCGCAGCUCCAUCCUCAGCACCCUCCCGGCACCCCUGGCCAGCCGCCGCAGCUCGCUCGGGGCAGCCCCAGGGGGCAAGCGCCCCUCCAUCGGCCCCUGGAUGCUCCACAGCCGCGUGAGCUUCUCCGGGCUCCCCCUUUUCCAGCCCAUCCUCAGGACCCGCCUCGAAAACACUUACAGGAUGGGGCCGGACGAAGGCUGCAAGUUCAACGCAGGACGGGUGCAGCGGGUGCUGGAGGGGGCCCUGGCCAGCGCCCUGGGGACCACGGUUUACAGCCCCCAGGGCAGCGCCCUGCUAGCCCAGAGCCUGGCUGAGCUGCUGCAGAACCAGGUGAAGGAAGCGGUGCCACCCCGCUACAAGCUGGUCUGCCAUGUGCUGCUGGGCCAGCAGGGCCAGCAGAGCCUGCUGGUGGCCAGCCGGGCACUGUGGGACCCUGAGAGCGACAGCUUUGCCUCUGCCACCUUCUCCAAUGCCUCCCUCUUUGCUGUGGUCACAGUGCAUGGGGUCUACUUUGAGUAA